AUGCGCCCAGGAGAAAAUCACGGGCGUCGUGCCUCGCCGCAGCGAUUGCAGAUUUUUGAUGUCAGAUUGGAAGGAGUGAGAAGGGGUAAGAGACACUGGGGUCUAACAUACCGAGCCCGGUGGAAAAGAGGAGGGGAAACCUGGAGUGUGUAAGAGGAGAAGAGGCGUGUGUGACUCCGACUUAAUCCUUUCUUUCCAACUUGAGUCUUACAAGCCUGUCUGCAGAUGCAACCUGUCUGUCAUCCCAUCCGUCCCAGUAAUCCCUGUUUAUUGCAGCGUUUCCUCCAAAGGGGACUACAAUGACACCCUGGUGAACACACUCAGGAUGGAGUAAUCAUACAAACACCCAGCGCAGCGCAGGAUGCGCAUCUCCAACCCGACGACGGAGAAGAAGAAGGUAGAGAAACCUGGCUGUUAUUCUGCUUUCGCAUGUCAGAGGUUUUCCGCGGCGCUGUGGAUUGAUCGUUUCCGUCAUCAGCCUCCUGCUGCCGGUGUCGGUGUAUAAUGGAGAGCUCCAAUGGCUCUGGCAGCGACACCAAACCGCAGAACCACCAGUUGGAGAAGAAGCGACUGAACCGAGCGCCUUCACCGGCCAGACCUUUCCUGAAAGACGUGCACACCCGCGGCGCCAAACCACCUGCCAUCGUACCGAAAUCCCCCAAACUAAGCAAGCAGCAGCAGUCUGCCACAGUGUCCUUAGCCCACCUGAACCGCAGCUCCAGACGCACCCCAGCCGGAGCCAAGGAGAAAGCAGCCACGGCCAAAAGUAACACCAAGUCUGCCGUCGCGAAAAAGCCCACCAAGGUGCCACAGCAUGCCACAGCUGAGCCCAAACCCGCCAGCAUCAAGCCGGACUGCACCAGCAGUCCGAUCCUCGCCAAAGGCAAGAAGGGAAAACUAGCCUCCGGUUCCCCAGGCCCUCUCAGCCAUGGAUCCCCGAUCCGGGUACCGACCGGAGCGCCUCUCGGCCGAGUCAGCCAGACCGACAGCAGCUCAGACCUGUCAGACUGCCCGUCCGAGCCGCUGUCGGAUGAGCAGAGGCUGGCACCAGCCGCUAGUAGCGACGCCGAGUCUGGUACCGGCUCCAGUGACCGGGAUCAGCUGGGAGCAGAAGCUACCGGAUCCACAGCUGCUGCCCCGCCGCACACAACCGAGGCUUCCGCCGCCAAGGGAAGCAUGUCUCAGGCUCAGCUCGCUCCGGGCUCGCACGGAGAGAAACACAAGCAGGAGAAACCCUCAGCAAGCGCACAAUCCAAACUGCCAAACACCAAGCAUGCAACCGAGGAGGACCUGCUACGGGAAAUUGAGGACUUGAGAUCGGAAAACGACUACCUCAAGGAUGAAGUGGACGAGCUGCGGGCUGAGAUGGAGGAGGUGCGCGACAGCUAUCUGGAGGAGGAGGUCUACCAGGUACAGGAGCUGCGGAGGGAACUGGACCGCUCUAAUAAAAACUGCCGAAUCCUGCAAUACCGCCUGCGAAAGGCAGAGCAGAAGAGCCUACGGGUUGCUCAGACCGGACAUGUGGACGGAGAGCUGCUGCGUAGUCUGGAGCAGGAUCUGAAGGUGGCCAAAGAUGUAUCGGUACGUUUGCACAACGAGCUGGAGAUCGUGGAGGACAAACGCAGCAGAGCUGAGGACGAGAACGAGCUGCUCAGACAAAAGAUCAUCGAAGUGGAGAUCGCCAAACAGGCACUGGCCAACGAGCUGGAGAGGACCAAAGAGACUGCACUGAGGCGACGAGGUAGCAGGGAAACAUUUAAAGACAAGAAAUCCACAAGUCAGGAGGACAGUGCGGACCUCAAGUGCCAGCUGCAGUUUGCCAAAGAGGAGUCCAGCCUCAUGAGGAAAAAGAUGGCCAAGCUCGGCCGUGAAAAGGAUGAACUUGAGCAGGAGCUGCAGAAGUACAAAUCAGUUUACGGGGACGUGGAUAGUCCCCUUCCCCUCGCGGAGUGCUCUGGCGGUGGCCCUCACACCACUCGAGAAGCUGAGCUACGAUUGCGUCUCAAGCUGGUGGAGGAGGAGGCUAACAUUCUGGGCAGAAAGAUUGUGGAGCUGGAGGUGGAGAACCGCAGCUUAAGAGCGGAGAACGAAGACAUUCGCUGUCAGUAUGAAAGAGACUGCUUUGGGCGCGAGCCUUUCUCCAGCAUGCCCUCGUCUCCAUAUGGCGGCGAUGCGCUGGAGUCGGCCAGUGAGCUUCGUCGCCAUCUCCAGUUUGUCGAGGAGGAGGCUGAGCUGUUGCGCCGCUCCAUCUCAGAGAUUGAGGACCACAAUAGGCAGCUUACGUCUGAACUCAAUCGCUUCAAAUUUGGUCCAAGCAGCACCUCUGGGGCCGUUGGCGAAGAAGGCAGUGAGGGGGUACUGUUUAAACCUGGGAACGGGGGCACGGGUAAUGGCUCCAGUAGUGGGAUGUUGAUGGAGGAGCUUAAAUCAGCCAGGAUGCAGAUCAACGAGCUGAGCGGAAAGGUGAUGAAGCUGCAAUAUGAGAACCGUGUCCUCAUGUCUAAUGUCCAGCGCUGUGACCUGGCUGCACACCUGGGCCUGCGAACCGGCAGCCCUCGAGACAGCGAUGCGGAGAGUGAUGCGGGCCGGCGAGAAGCUGCAGAGGAUGAGGAAGCAGGGCGACUUCUCCUCCUCCAACCGAAGAGAGAAGGUCCUAUUGGAGGUGAGAGUGACUCUGAAGAUCUGUUUGAGAAAACAGCGACCACCUCGGGGUUUGGAAGCAUCAAACCAUCAGAUGGCAGCGAACUCAGUGCCACUGAACUGGCCAAUCGUAGAAGGGAAGAGCGGGAGUCAUUCGCUAAUGUGAAGCGAGAGGCAGAAAGGCUCGGGAAGACAGUGGACCGUUUGAUCACGGACACUGACAGCCUGGUCUUUGAGGGCAGGCUCCUGGUGACGACAGGAGAGAGCCUCGAAGGUGGGGUGGCCUCUGGAUCCAAACCAGACACUCAAGUCCUGGACACCAUUAACACCCGCAUGAAGGCUUUCCGCACUGAGCUGCACAUCUUUAUGGAGAAGCUGGACCACAUAGGGGAGGGGCUGAGAGAAAGGACAGAUGAUCUGUCACCCAUGCCAAACCUCACAGAGUCCAGCAGCUUCCUGUCCACUGUCACCUCCAUGUCUCGUGACUCUCCCAUUGGCACCUUUGGCAGAGACCUGGUGACCGACUUCCAGUCCGGUCAGAGGGAUGAGCUGGAGUGGCGUCUAGGACAGGAGCGAGGCGUGGAGCCCCAGAGCCAGGGUGGGGGCCAGGCCCAGAGCAGGGGAGCCACUGGACUCACUAGGUACCACAGGCCCCUGGCUUUAAAAGUAGAGCUCCGGGACACGCCUGCUUCUGACAUCCAGUUUCGUCUGGAUCACGAGCGAAGGAUGAGGGCGGCAACGGAGGAACGGGAGGCCGUCGCUUCUCUGCCUCAGCAGGAUGAUGAGCGUUUACGUCUGGAGGCCCAACGUGAGGGUCUAGAGCUGCAGGGCCUUCAGACUCACGAGGUGCCCUGGGCUCAGGAGAGAGCCAUGCUGCAACAAGAGGUCCGCCUCUAUAGACGCAACAUCAUCAUCAUCUACAUGAAGCUCAGGUGGAUCCUUAUGCACUGGAGGCUCGGACGCAAGGAAGACUCUGGAGACGACUCAGUGCACCCAGAGUUUGAGAAGUUGGAGGGCUUCCCAGAGUUGGGAGUGAUCAUGGAGCAGGCGGAGGGGGAGUCAGACCGAGACGACAGACUGUGUUUACCACAGACUCCAGGGGACGUCUCCGACACCACACCCAUCAUCCCUCUGCCGUCACCUGACCGUCACCUGCAGCACCAAAGACAGUUCGGCGAGACACGUCGAGUGCUGCAGGUCUUGCGGACGCUGCUGGAGGAGUUUCGAGAGGAGCUGCGGGAGGAGGAGGCGCGGCGAUGCCAACUGCAGCAAUCCUACGCCAAUGACAAAGCCGCCUGGGAGGUCAAGUGGGCAGAGAUGAAGUGCCAUGUCGCCCAGCUGGAGGAGGAGGAGCGAGGUAAGGUGCGAGGUGAAGCGCAGGGAGACGAGGGGGAGCCAGCUGCAGACACCGAGUGGGCCCUGAAGCUGGAGCGCGAGGAGCAUCGUCGUCUGCUUGCUGAGAGCCACAACACGUCGCUGGACCUGCGCUGGAAGCUGCAGCACGGAGAGAAGAGGUGGAACCGGGAGAGGGUCGAUCUCCUGGAGCGCUUCGAGAGGGAGCGGCAGGAGUGGGACAGCAGUAUGCGGGAGCUCCACCGGAAGAUGGAGAGGAUGCAGAGGGAACUUAACUCUCGGCGAGGUGAGGGCUCUGACAUUAAAGAUGGCAGCACAUCCUACAGAGGCAUGUUUUCACCUCAGGACAGUCCCUGCCAGGCUCCCCGGUCGCCUCACACCCCCCGCUCCCCCUGUACGGCUACACCUGUCCUGAUGCCCCCCACACGUUCCCACUCUGACUCCGAGGCCAUUCUGGAGGAGCAGGGGGCUGCGAUGGGGCUCAAAGGCUCAGCGGACAACCUGUUCCUGGACGCACUGUCUCUGGACCCCAUGAGUGGAUCAGAGGUCCCUCCACCCUCCAGACUGGAGAGUGAGAAGAGGUUUCCCUGUAUGAAGGAGGCCCUAAAUGAGAUUUCGGAGAGAGAAGAUGCUGCUGCUUACUCAGAAGACAAGAUGAGGGAGGGUGGGAGUCUGCUCAGAGCCAAGUCGGUGUGCUCCAUGAGCGACUUCCAGCGGUUAAUGGACAGCUCACCGUUCCUCCCUGACAAGACGCGUCAUGGCGAUCAGGGCCAAGACGAUGUCACCCCGCCUCUGUCUCCAGAUGAUCUUAAGUACAUCGAGGAGUUCAACAAUAAGGGCUGGGACUUCCCGUCAGCCACCUCUGGUCCGGGAUUGUUGCGGGAAGUGUGGACAGACAAAUCAACAGAGUCCCGGGAAGGAGAGGCCGUUCCUGAUCCAUUCCAGCCCGCUUCCUGGUUCCUCACCACCAGCGCCACCCUGACCACCAGCACCCUGAGCAGCCCUGAGCACUGCCACAAGUCCCCGCUGAGAGGCAAUGGAGCGGGGGCAGCAGGGGUGGGAGUGGAACACUACGGGGUGCACAUCCUCCACAGCCCCACCAGACCCGGGGCAGCUGAGCGCACCACUGCCCAGGAUCCGGAUUUCCUGUAUGCUAAGGGGACCAAAGCAAGGGGAGGAGUGGAGGCUGGGGUGGGUGCCAGUGGGCCGGAUGAAGUGUUCAGCAGUGCAAGGUGGCCUUGCCUUCUGGAGGGUGGAGGACUAAGGACUUCUCCUAGUCAGUCUCCUAUCUGCCCCACAGUGGGCUAUGCAUCCUCUCUGGAUCUUCAGCUCUCCAGAAACAUGAGUGAUGACAUGAAGGAGGUGGCCAUCUCUGUGAGGAACGCCAUCCGCUCUCCACCGGGGCCUGUUGUCCGGGACACCGCCUGCCAGACCAACGGAUACACCACAAGAGGGACUCAGACCACCCAAACCAUCAGCGUGGGUCUGCAGACAGACCUGCUGAGGAACCUGACCAGCAGCCCCCACCGCUGCCUCACCCCGAAAGGUGGCAACACACCCAUCUCAUCCCCAUCACGCAACACAAGGAAAGUUCAGUACUCUCCUGUGGUCCAGAGCAAGUUCGAGCGACCCUGCUGCUCCCCAAAGUACGGCUCACCGAAACUUCAACGCAAACCAUCCACGUCCAGUAAAACCGAGCUACCCAAUAACAGCCGCACCCCCAUGCCCACAACGCCCCAGAAAGGGAACAACGAGUCGGCAUGGGCCCGCUCCACCACCACUCGCGACAGCCCUGUGCACACUACCAUCAACGACGGGCUGUCCAGCCUCUUCAACAUAAUCGACCACACCCCUGUGGUCUAUGACACCAUGCAGAAAUUUAAUAAGUCCCCAAGUCGCUCCCGCCCCACACCACCCUCCACCACUGAGCCGAGCCCCGCUCACGGGCCUCUGUCCGGAGACCCCAGGAACGCGCAGGAAUGCCUGCGGCCUGCUCGCGGGCGCUCACCAAGCCCUGUGCAGCUAAUAGUGGAGACGCAGGGCGACAAGAACCCAGAGGUGGUGAGCAUACGGCAGGACCUAUCGGCCCCGCCGGGCUACACGCUGGCUGAAAACGCAGCCCGCAUCCUCAACAAGAAGCUGCAGGAGCAGAACUUUAGGGAGGAGAGGAGGCUGCAGGCGGGAGGACCGAGCAGCCACAGCAGAGACAACAGCAGGCAGACCGAGUCAGACAAAGGACAGUCAGGAUGCAUGGAGAACCACACUGUCAUACUAACAACUCCUUGGGGACUCUAAAUCUGCUAGUCUCCGUGAUGUAAGUUCCUCUUCCUCCUCCUACUUUGCCUCUAUGACCUUUGGCAGUGGGUUCACCAACCACAGGAACCUCACGCCCCGCAGACCUCAGCCCCCCCACCUCCCCCCUCUUCAUUAAUGCAUGCUUCACAGGAUAGCACAGUGACAGUGUGUGAAGCCAUUGGAGUGGUGUCAAAAGUCGUGCGACGGCCAUGCAUCUGUUUCUCCCAGUUAAUGAGUGCAUGCUCAUAUUUUUUGGUGGAUCAUCAAUUUUUUGUAAAGGGCCAUGCCAGUGUUUUUGCAUGCUGCAGAACAUUACCCAUGAUUCCCAUCCACUAUUUUAACUAACACCAUACUAUACGUUCUUGGAUUAUCAAAAUUUUUAAUAAAAAUCUCUCUUUGUACUGUAUAAAACAAACACGUUUAAGUGACUUGCAUAAAGUGAGAGAUGGGGUUUAUUAAGCAGCACAAAUCAAAGAGUUCCACUGCAGCAAAAGCAGCCAGAGCAGCAACUAUGUUGCUAACUCUUCAUAUAAGUGACCUUACAGAUUCUCACCUCUAUAUUUAGCACUUAAAGAAUAAUCUUUUGCAGAGAAUGAAAUCACACUCCUCCUGUGUGUGUAUAAUAUGAGUUUCUUCUUUUUAUGUUUUGGUAGCCAUUCGGGCUGUUUGUGUAUUUUGGUACACAUAACUUCCUCAGUUUGAAACUAUUAGCCCUCCCGCUUUGUUUAUAAAGACAAUUUCAGACAUACACUACAGCCCUAAACUUUUCUAGACACUAUUCGGUUGAGGUGCAUGUGAGAAAAUGCAUUUCUGAUGCAUUUGAAUUGGACAUUAGUUGGGAGGUUGGAUUACACAUCCUAUCCGUGUAAUGUCCAAUUGAGCCCAUGUCUGAAAAGCACAGCUAAUAGUCCUGGAGUAAUUUUCAUGUGUGUGCAUCCUUCUGCGCACUCUGUCAAGGCAGCACCUUCACUCAAACCACACAGAAUCUCAUCUGAAGCUCACUGUUUUUGUGAAGAUUUGAUGCACAAUGCCCAUUUUUGCCUCAGAAUAGUAAAGAAUCCUUCCAGAAAAACUUCCUGGAUCAACAAAGGUGUAAAAAUGAGUGCUUAAAAAUCUAUUCAUUACCUUUUGAGUAAUCCUGCUAUAAAACAAGAAGUAAACACAUUUCAUAAAACCUUCUUUACAGACAUAAGAAUGAGACUAGAUUUAUUACACAGUUUCCGCUCUCUGUGCUGGAUUUUUACUGCAGUAUGUAUCUAAAGAAAAAUUCAAGCUUCAGCGAGUGGCUCGUCACACUUAAAUAUAAAAGCUAAAUAGUUUUGUGGUAACAUAAAAUAUAUGCUAUUUGCCACUGAUUUGGGGGAAAAGAAGUCAUGCAAAAAUACUGGUAUGGUCCUUAAAUUCAUGUAACUCAAAGAGUCUUCGGCUUACGUCUUGAUCACUGGUGGAUUUUAAUAUUUCUGCCAAAGUGUUUGCCAGUGAACAUGACAUAAAAGACGACUCUUGGACAUUUCACACAUUCACAGGUCGAUUAUUGUCUGUUCGGGCUUCAUAAGGCCUUGCUGGAUUAUUCUAACACUGUGUUUCUACCAGGUCCUCCUUUUUACGUGCACCGCUAGACGGACUGUGAUGUUUUCUUGUAAUAUUGUACUUUUUUUCUCACGUAUUUGUCCACACAGCGUUUUCUUACGUCUUCUUACCAUUUCCUCUCAGACUAACAAAGAUUAACCAGUGAAGACGGGCUGCUAACACUCACCAUUUCCUGUGCACUGUCUUGGUUUUGUGUCAUUUCUGGUAGAAAUGAACUAAAUAUUCUGGCACACUGUGCAUGCUUAAGGAAAAAAUCCACUGUUAGAAACUGCAGGGAAGUGUGUCUAUUCUCAUCAUGUCAUAUUGGUCAUUUCAGAUGUCGUGUUGGAAUGAAGUGUUAGCAGGUCGUAACUUCUGAUAUUUCUCAAAUGCUUUUGAAAGAACAGUGGCCAUCGUUAAGCCUGGCUUAUAGUCACUGCGUUCGUUGUGACAACCGCCGCUUAUAUCGCCAUUUGAGAGUACAUCACACUCACUACAGUCCUGUCACCACUCGUAGAGGAACAGAAGAGGUGAAAAAUACCUUCAGAAGUUUCCAAAUCAACAUUCUUAAAAAGACAGAUAAACUAAUGAUCACAGAAUUCUUUCCGUGGUGAAAAAUCGCCUUCACAACAUCCAACAAAGUGGAGAACACGCUGAGAGAUGUCGGUGAACAAGAUGCCUUCAUGGAUAUAAAUACAGAGCAUUUACAGCAGGCCUGGCACAAAGGGAGGAAAUGCAGCAUUUGGUUAAAUUUAGAGGGGUGUUAAGAAGUUUCUACAUUUCUCAGUAAGAAUAAAAAAUAAUCAUCAUAUUUUUACACAAGUCCAAACAGCUGAUAUCAUCAGUGACAAAUGUAUAUGAACCUUUGUGGGCUCCCAGACUGCUGUAUUGCUCCUUGAGUAAUACCGUUGAUCGGCCUCUCCUGUGGAGGGAAACGAUGCUCCUGACAUUCCUCCAUUUGUACACAAUCUGUCAAAAUCCUUAGAGAUGUUGAGCAGCAAAAACUUUUUUUUUUCUUAAGUCCUCAGGAAUCUUUUGCUCGUACCACGAUUCUCGUCCACAAAUGAGUUGUAAAAACCAGAUUUUGACAGAUUCCUUAGAUAAGACAGGAUGUGAGUACCUGAUUACGGUAGUAUUCCACUGAACAGCUUUAACUACUGAUUAUCUUCAAGGUUCACAUAAUUUCCCCCUCACAUAUAUUUAAUACUUGACUGUUUUCCUCAGUAAAUAAAUGACAGACUUUAAGAUUUUUAUUUAAUUUGUUUAUCUGGGCUCUUUUUUUUUUUAUCAACUUUUACAACUUGUGUGAAAAUCUGAUAUUUUAGGUCAUGCUGUAACUUCAGGCUAAUUUAUGGACAUACAUUUGAUCUAAAACUGAUUUUUAUUUAUUCUUGCACUAGAGGGUUUUAAGGUGGAUCUUUUUUUAAGGUCAAAAACUUAGAAGCUGUGGUUCAUGUAAAGGUGUUGACUUUGCUGUUUUUAAUAUCUGCUCGUGUACACUGACUUCCUGUAUACAGGUGCCUGACUUGUGGGAUUGUUUGAUCUGAUGCUUUGGCGUCACAUGGGAAAUCUUGCACAAGCAGUAUCGUCUGUAUUCCCACCAGCUGUAUUCAUAAACUAAUGAUUUAUUGAUGGUUUGGCGCAGACGCCUCCUGUCAAACUCUGCGACCUGUUUUUCUGCAGGACUUGCUGCAGGUUGUGUAGCACAUCUGUCCAUCCUCCAUCCACGUGUCCAUCCAUCCAUCCCGUUUAUUUUUCCUCCAGUUCAUCCUCUCACACCACCGCAACCUGACUGUCGUGUAUUUUUAGCCGAACUAGAUUGUUGCUUUUCGGUCUUCUUGUCCUCCAUCCUUCAAGUGAAAUCUAACGCCUGGAGAUGAGCUAUUAAUAAAUUAGGCCAGUGGUGUGAUCGUUCACUCGAUUCAUGCUCUGACUUCACUCCAAGGGGGAAAAACAAACUCACUCAUAGUUUUAGUUUUUUGUGGCCUUUUUUUCUACACUUUCUGUUUUCAUCCAGGGGACAGAUGCAUAAAGCUUGUUGCCAAUUAAGCACUUAACAGGUUUAAAUAUUUAGACGUUACAAUCAAUGCAAAAUUGCACAAAUGGACUGCAUGUAUUUAUGGACUUCUAUCACCUGAUGCCUGCAGUGACCUCUGAUAGCAGAUUUGUGGCACGCAAGUGAUCAUUCAUCUGCAGUUUAGGACUUCUUUAAACACUGAGAUGACUUCAGAGUUGGUUGUGUGAGGGUUUAAAAUUCUGAAUUAAAUCUAAUAAACUUCUAAUUGUGGUCUAAUUAUGCCACAGUCAUACUCAGGAAAACAGUGGUCUGAGAACGCAGUGCCACCAUAACAUUGCCAGCUCUGUGGAAUGAACUUGUGUGAUCUUGUUCCCUUUGAAAUGAUUGCUUUGAAGAUGGGGAACAGGUAUCCAACUACUCGCAGUCAGCUGCCAUUUUCAAAGCAGUUUUUGUAUGUCAAGAUGAAAGAAGAUUAUAAGUUUUUGUUUUUUUUAAAUGUGGAAAAUCAUAAAUCUUUUGCCAUCUGUUGGACAAUCCAGUGAUUUAAUGCUCUGAUUUUAUUAUAGGAAUAUGACCAGAACACAACCAGUUGGCAACCAGCUGAAUCAAGUCCUCAUGAGACCUGUCACAGAAUUAGAGUGAUUGCAAUAUGUUGGCAAUCUGUCUACAUUUAUAAAUUAGACAGCAAUUAUUUGCUAACCUUCACAGUCUGUGAGGGAGUACAGUCAGUCCAAGUAGGAUUAUUUGGACAAAUGUAUUAUUUGAAGACAGCUUGCCUCCUACCAGGCAACCUGUGUGCAAUUGACCUACAAGAAUUGUCAACCUCUGGGCAACCAGUUGGUUUUGGUUUUUUGUUUUUUUCCACGUGGUCACGUGGAGGUUGGCAUCUGAUUUUUACUCUAGUGUACCUGAGACAUUUCUUUGAACCGUGGAUUUGGCUUUUUCAGUGUUUCUGUAUAUGUUUUCUGCAUUAUAAAGCCUGUCAGUCUUAAGCCUGUAUUCUCUCUAAUGGUCAGCAGGGGGUGGCUUCUCCAGUUGCAAAACGUAGUUACAUUGAAUAGGAGUCUAUGAGAAAAUAGACCUCCACUUCCUGUACUCUAAGACCCCAGUAAAUGCUUCUCUGAUAAGUUUAGAUUUACUGGUUUUAAGUUUUACUGAAUAUAAUAUAAUAUUCAGUUUGGAAAGUAAAGCCCUCAUUAGACUGGAAAUAGACUGGGCAGUAAGGUGGCCUUACUUUCUCCUUAACAAGUCUCUACCAUACUGUGUCAGUUUCUCAGUCGGUUUUUAAAACACCAACAGACGCAAACUUUAUGAUGCUUGAUUGCAGAGAAUUCUUAAAUUAUAUAUGUCAUACCAAUGAUUUCAUAUUUGUGUUGUGCCAGUGUACCAGCCAAAUAUAACAAAUCACUGAAUAGAAGCUUCUUUAAAAUGUGUCAAAUGAAGCGAUGUUAGGUGCUUGCACUGCUCGCUCAACCAGUGAUAGUGGUAGCAGGUGUGGGUCAUUAGCUGCUGUGUCCCCUGAGUAACUGAGUGCUAUUAAGUGGCAGAGGGAAGGUUAAAACAGCUGCGCAAAUUGACUCUUGUCUGCUUCCGUAGCUAAAUGUCUGCGGUAACUAUGUAAUCUUUUUUUUUUUUCUUGGUUUGUUUGCCUUUUUGACCAGAUUGCACAUUCCUGUUAGGUGAGAAGGUUAAACGUCUGUCACUUAUUUAAGUUAUUUAAAGGCUGACCUGCUGGUUUUUGCUCCAGCUUCAAGCAAACAAAAUUAGUUUUAAGUUAAAUCAGCGCCUUUCAGAUAAGGCAGGCAGAAUAGAUUAGACUAAAAACUGCAUUUGGAGCAGUAUGUUAGGGGUUGACGUUCUUAUAUCCACUGAAAGAAAACUGCAACAAGAAUAAAGUAAGAAACAAUCAGGUGAAAACAUAAAAGUUCCUUCUUCUUUCAUUACAUUACUCCUUAUUUUUGUUUUAUGUGCACGUCACUUCUACAUCAGCACCUUUGCUCGCUUUCUUUCACUCGCUCCCCUUCAUCUUUCUGUAUGAAUCUCCUCACUUCCUGUUUUCCUCGGUGGCAAAUGGCUGCAGGCGCCCCGUUGCUCUCGCCCCUCUCUGACAGCUCCUUGUCGUUGGCAGGACCUGCCUCGCUCUCCGGUGGCUCCGCCUCUGGAUUCCUGCUUCCUGAGACCGGCGCGCCCGGCCAACCGCCGACCCCCCUCGCGCUGGGCUGCACGCUCUCCCUCCUCCUCC